AUGCCAGUGCAAUCUGUGAAAAAUACGUUGGAUCACAGGACUGGAGCUGACAAUGAGGAAGAAAUUGAUAAUAUCAAGAGUGCAUUGGAGAAGUCGUCACUUAGUCUGGAUUUAGAGGAAAGCAGUGUUUCUCUAGAGCUGUCCUCCACCAUGAGCGGUUACAGUAAUACAUCUGUUGAGUAUCCUAAUCUUCAAAAUUGUUCAUCUGUAGCGAUUGAAGAAGUCCAUUUUCUCUCUCCUCAUGUGGAGGAGAAUGUCAUUUCAUCAGGCUUCUUAUGAGUGGGUGUUGGUGUGGAAGGAGAUUAUUCAUGUCUUGAUUGUUGCUUUCCUGUUGUCUUUCUAUUAAAUCACAUUACAGGUUUUGCCCUCCUCUCGUUACAAACAAUCAACUAUUUAUCACACAUUAACUGAAUAAAUGCCUUUGUUUUGCCGUCAGCGUUUUUUCUCCUUUGAUCUUUGGAGUCCAUCAGCAAUGGAUCUGUCAGUAAUGAAAAGCGAAAACGUUCACUCAAGCAAAAGUUAAACAACGAGUGAAAUGUUUAUUACAAGAAACUAAGAAAAGAGGAAAAGAAGAAGAGGAAAAAGUGAAGGAAUGGAUCAGAAAAGGAACCAGAAGAACCAGCGAUCAAAAGAAAGAAGGACGAAGGAACACAGCUACCAGAGACAGCAAUGAACAAAACAAAAAAAGGCGAAUUAGCACCGUGACCAAAGACAGCAACAAACGAAACAAAGAAGGACGAAUUAGCGCAACGACCAGAGACAGCAACCAAGGAAGUGAAGAAGCAUGCCAUUUGAAACCAAGUCGUGCUACCGCCGUGCCAAACUUGAUUCAUAAAUUAUGAAUACAUUUAUAAGUUGUCUAAAACCGGUUUUUUUUUUUCAUUUGAUGCAUGAACAUCAAUUGAUUUCAACAAGGAUUUAAUAUGCUGGCUUUUCGAAAGAGCUUUCCUGUGAUGCUUUCAGAUAUGGAUCAUAUUGUUGAAGACAAAGAUAAUACAAACUCAAACCGCUCACCACCAUCGUUUGCAAACAGUAAAUGGGACGAUGAUGUUGAAGACAAUGUUGACUCGGUUGACAAGGAUCAUCUUCAAGACGCGGGAAAAUCAAAGUCCAGCAAGGGAAGGAAGCAGGGGCAUUAA